AUUUGCAUAACGAAAGCGAAUACAAAAACAAUCUUGGCUGUGGUUGUCUAUACGGGAGUGAAACAAGGCUGUAUUUCUGCAAAAUCAUCGCUUAAAAAGCUAGAUUAUUCGAUAUUGUGGGAUUUGUGCGAACAUGGUAUCAUUUCGUGACAUCAUCCUGUGGCGUGACAUAAAGGUCACGACGAUCGUAUUUGUCAGCGGAUUCGUAUUUCUUGUAUGCCUGACGCAGUUCAGCCUUCUAACUGUCCUAUCGACAACAUCAAUGAUCGCCCUCGUUCCAAUGCUAGUUCUCAGGCUUUUGUUUUCUGCUCGGUCAGCGUUUUGGAAAACAGAGUUUAAGCAUCCUCUUCAUUCUUAUCUUAAUAAAGACAUCAACGUUUCAAAAGACAAGGCUGAUGAUAUCGGAGAGAAGGCUGCAAGCUACUUUGCCCAUUACGCUGUGUGUGCUAGAAAUCUUUUCCUUGUCGCAGAUUUGGCCGAUUCUGUGAAGCUUCUGAUAGUGCUGUACUUCCUGUCAUACAUCGCAUCAUGGUUCAGCGGUAUUACUAUUACAUUUAUGGCAUUCAUUGGUCUUUUUACGAUCCCUAAGAUCUACGACAUGUAUAAGCCCGAGAUCAAUAAAGCAAUGGAAACAAUUCGUAAAGCAAUCGAUGAUCUUCUAGACAAAAUUAAUGCUGCAGUACCGGUGGGCAAACCUUCCAAAGACGACAAGAAAAGCAAUGGCGACGAAAAAGACAAGUCAGCGUGAAUGAGAAGAAGCCGAAAAUAUCUUAUUAUGAAAAAUACAAAAGAAUUAUUGAGUUGAGCUAAAUUGAUUUGAAUACUGCUGGACUUGGAGCAAAAUGAAACAUUUUUUUUUUAUAUAGAGUGAAUUUAUUAUAAAUAGGCCUAUUUCAAUUGAAUUUAAGUGGACUUUAUAGACUUUUACCGCAGAAUAGCGAAAGAAGCUCGAUUAAAAUCCAUUGUAUCCAAGACAAAGUAAAAAAGAAGCGAAAUCUGUCACUUGACAGAAAGCCUGAUAGAUAAUUUAGGUCUUUGCUCAUUGCUAGGCUACUUUUCAUUUUAAUUUAUUACAUAGAGAAAUCGUUUUCUUUUUAACCAGCAAAUAAAAUUUCUGUUUAUAUUUAAAGUCAGUUCUGCUGAGGAGACAUCCAUGAUGCAUCGCGGUAGCUCUUAAUAAACAUUAUACAGAACAUCGGCGGUUACUUUGAGCAUGCGCUGUCCUUUAAUUUUCAGUGUACACGCUCAAAGAGGCAUUCAGAAUAAUUGACAGCCAACAACCCUUUGACUAUAUCUUAACCUGCAAGUUAUGCGCAUGCGCUACCGCAUUAUAGGAGUUAAGUCGAUCUAGAUCAGAAUACAUUAUCUAAUGUAAAAUCUAAUGACGCCGUUAAGAGACUAUAUCAUUAGAAUAAAACAAAAUAAAAGAAGUAAA